AGCCUGAACAAACAAUAAACAAAGAGCCAUCAUGGUUGAGUGGACUGAGAAGGAGCGCAGCAUCAUCACCAGCAUCUUCUCCAGCCUGGACUAUGAAGACAUCGGCCCCAAGGCUCUGUGCAGGUGUCUGAUCGUUUACCCCUGGACUCAGAGGUACUUUGGCGCCUUCGGCAACCUCUACAAUGCUGAGGCCAUCAAGAGCAACCCGAACAUCGCAGCCCACGGCGUGACGGUGCUGCACGGUCUGGACCGGGCUGUGAAGAACAUGGACAACAUCAAGGCCACUUAUGCCGAGUUGAGCGUCCUGCACUCCGAGAAGCUGCACGUCGACCCCGACAACUUCAAACUGCUGUCUGACUGCCUGACCAUCGUCAUCGCCGCCAAACUUGGAAAUGGCUUCACACCAGAGACGCAGGCCGCCUGGCAGAAGUUCCUGGCCGUGGUGGUGUCUGCCCUGGGAAGGCAGUACCACUAAGCCCAGCAGCUUCCACACCUGGACACCCGAAGCACACCUGACGUCUGUUUACAUGUGUCCCGUGUUUCCUCAAUAAAGAAAUAAA